GGAGGAGUCUUUGCUCAUUAUCCUUCUCUCUCUCUCUCUCUCUUUUUUUCCAGAGGCAGCUGGACAGGCAGUGCAUUAAUAGAUUACUUUGAGGGUUUGGAAUUGUUAACAGCAGCGGAGGGCUUUGGGCUGGGGAAAGAUCCAGGAAGCCCUCUCAGCCUUUGGUGGUGAACCGUCCGUGCCUCUCGGCUGGAGAACCGUGCUCCUUAAGAACAAGGACACUCCCCUCGUGGGCCUGAGACCCACCCUGCGUCUUCUCAGUCUUGGUUGACCUUCCUUCCUUGACGAGGACUUACCACCCUACCGGUUCUCCAUGGAUGAAUGGGACGCCCCCCAGUGGCAAAAAGAGGUCGAAAGCCUUAAGUACCAGCUGGCUUACAAGCGAGAGUUGUCUUCUAAAACAAUCCCUGAAUUUCUAAAGUGGAUAGAAGAAGGAAUUCCAGAGGAUCCAUUUCUCAAUCCAGAGCUCAUGAAGACUAACCCCUGGGUGGAAAAAGGAAAAUGCACCAUCCUGUAGCUGACAGCCGACACCGUCCGGGAGGGAUAAAAAUAUGGCUUCCUUUGAAGAUACUCAAAAGUUGCAUGAGAGCUGAACAUAGAAAGUCUUUGUUAGAGUUUUGCUUUGGCUAAAUUCACAUUUAUACUCUUUUGUUAGCGCGGGGGUGCUUUUAUACAGUGGCUCAAUAUGACGUUUCCCAAAUUUUUGGUAUCUGGGGCACACAGAUCAUCUGCUGGGUUGAAGCGGGAGAUGUUUCACUCUUCAAUAUAGAACAAAAUACAUACAUUUUCUUGAUUGGGUCCUAAAACUGUAGCAAAAUCUAGUUUAUUGGAAUAAAUUAGAAUCCCAGUCUCUCUUUUCCCUCAUGAAACGAAGGCUCCAUUUCUGAAGCAGUAAUGAUGCCUGAGAUUCUCCCACGUGCCGUCAGCAAUACUAUCCUUAUGGCUUCCCUUCAGGGGGUGCUACCACCAUCCAUAUUUUUUGCUGUGGUAGGGAGUGAAAGGAUGAGCUAAUUUAUGCCACACAAGGUGUCCCUGGGCUGACUGGCACUUUGACGAAUGCCCCCCCUCGAAACAACGGUUCAAUACUUCAGUCAAUCACACUGCUGCCCUUAAUUUAUGAUACACAAAUGUGCCCCAGUCUAUGGUUUGGGAAUUCUUGAGAGAAUGAGGCACACGAUGUGGGUUUGAAACAUGAUCCGAAAAGUACAGUCAUGGCAACGCCAAGAAAGGAAAGGUGUAACUGUAAAAAGACAGCAUUUGAGUAGUUAUCAACCCCAUUGUUUCUCUUUUCCUGUAGGUCUGUAACCUUCUGUUGUUUCUGUCUUUCCUUCUCUUUUUCUGGACUUGUAAAGGAACACAUGAGUUUUAUAAAAGAAUUUUCAAUUAUUUUAAAUACGUCUUUUGUAUCGUGUAGAGUAUGCCAUUUUGCACUAAAAAAAAAAAAAUUCCACACACACACAAUCCACAACUGAGCGGCUGAGACAACAGUUCGUAAAGGAAA